AUGCUCACCUCGCUCGUUCUUAGCGCCGCUCUUUUGGGCCUGGCCCACGCUACACUGGUCGAUCUAAAUACGACACAGUCUGAUGGCGUAACGAUCCUGGAAACGAAGACUUUCGAAACCACUUUGACCCCGGCCAAUAAGAUUGUUGUGGGAGGCGGCACCGCCGGGCUGACGAUAGCCAGACGUUUAGCAGAGUCAUCGUUGAAGACGUCUGUGUUGGUCUUGGAGGCCGGAGGUUCUGGUGUUGGUCUGAACGUAGUCACGAUUCCUGAAAAGUCUUUUUCCUUCGUCGGAACGGACAUUGACUGGGGUUUCACGAUUGCUCCUCAAGAGCACGCAGGCGAAUACGAAAUAAAUUUGUCGUCUGGAAAGAUCCUCGGAGGUGACUCGGCUGUUAAUGGUUUGGUAUGGACACGAGCGUCAAAAGCGGAAUACGAUGCUUUCGAGACUCUUGGGUCGCCAGGAUGGAACUGGGAUACGCUAUAUGCGCAUAUGCGAAAGGCCGAGCAAUUGGAAUAUCCUUCUGCGUCCCUUAUUGACGAAUAUGGCUAUGUCGUUGAUGCGAGCUCUCUUGGAGAGUCAGGUCCCGUCAGCGUAUCGUUCCCGGCCUACCUCCCGAUACAACACAAAACGCUCGUCGAGGCCUCCGUAGAACUCGGCCAUACGUUUAACACCGAUGCAUAUAGCGGAGACAACGCCGGGGUGUAUUACAGUCUAUCGUCUCAGAAUACGGUGCCCGUCCGCGAAACGUCGGAGUUCGCUUAUCUUACGCCGUGGGAGACCCACAAGCAACUGACGGUCUUCACCUACGCCACUGUCUCCAAGAUCAACCUUGACGACUCCUCUGAGCCCAAAGCAACAGGUGUCCAGGUUAUCUUCCCUGAUGGAUCUGAGUAUACUGCCAGCCUCAAAAGUGGCGGUGAAGUCAUUCUUUCCGCUGGUGUUGUCCGCACGCCACAAUUAUUAGAACUUUCUGGUAUUGGUAACAGUAGCAUUCUUACGCCUUUGGGGAUCGAUGUCAAGGUGGAACUUCCUGGGGUUGGCGCCAAUUACGAGGACCAUACUAUGGCUCUCCUGACUUACCAACUCAAGGACGGAUAUUUGUCAUUCGAUGCUCUCUCAUACAAUGAAACACUCUUGGAGGAGGAAACUGAACUGUACAGCGAGGGAGAGGGCUGGCUCACUUUCGCUCAAGCCGUGGUCAACUUCGAACCCAUCGACGUGAUCCUUACAGCAGACGAGAUUGAGGAGGCCAAGGAAAUCUUGUCGACGAAACCCGAAUCCACACCUCAAGACCAAUUUGACAUCCUCAAGGAGCUGAUUUUGAACGGAACUACCCAAGUCGAAUAUCUCCUGUUCAAUUCCUUCUCUGCCGGUGACGAUAAAGAAUCCAACACCAGCUACGUCUCUCUGUCCAUAACCCAUACACAUCCUUUGUCUCGUGGAUCUAUCCACAUCAACUCGACGUCUAUCGAUGACUUCCCCGUUAUCAACCCCAACAUGUUCGAGGCCGAGUGGGACCAAUGGUGGUUGGCAAAGGCUACUGCAUACGGUCGCAAGUUCUUCCAAACACAAGCGUUCCAAGAAAUCGUGGUUUCAGAGGAAGUCUAUCCCGGCUCAUCUGUCUCGACUGACGAUGAAUGGCUUGAGUACGUUAAAGAAAAUUUGAACGCUGGUUAUCACUCCGCUGGCACUGCCUCCCUUCUGCCAAAAGAAAGCAACGGUGUCGUCGGCGCUAACCUCACAGUAUACGGCACCCAAAACCUCCGGGUAGUCGAUUUGUCCAUUCUGCCUAUGCUGAUCUCGGCCCACACUCAGCCCGCUGCAUAUGCUAUCGGAGAGCUCGCUGCAACACUCAUUACCACUGGUUCGACAAAUUGCUAGAUUCAAGUCUGGGACGCGGUUACCAUCGCAAUCAUCCGUUCAAAUUCACCAUCGUUAUCUUCCUUCCUCAGUCGUUAAAUAAAGGCUAUCGGACGUUCCUGUUUCGUGUAUUUCAGCGG